GCAACUCGACUUAAUAUAUGAUAAACAGGUUAAUUUGUUUAAAUUCCUGCCUGCCGCUCAGUGCGUGAUUGCUGCUCCAAAUCCAAAGUCGUUGUAAAAUGUUGCGUAACAGGCUGGUAGAUGGAGUCAAUAAGAUAAGGCCCAUCCUCAGCGGAUGGCAAUCCCUGAGAUCCCUAUCAAAUGGGGCGAACUCAAAGCUGACAACAAUAGAGGUGGAUGAUAAGAGUGGAAUCGCCACCCUAUCGAUGAACCUGCCGCCGGUAAACACUUUGACCAUGGACCUGAUGCACGACCUUAUCGACUCCAUCAAUCAGAUCGAGAGCAACAAGAGCCGUGGUCUUAUCCUGACAUCGAGCAAUGACAAGGUCUUCUCUGCUGGUCUUGAUCUCAAUGAGCUUUUAAACCCGGAAGUGGAGCGUUUGCGGUUAUUUUGGACCCGGUUUCAGGACUUAUGGCUGGCACUACAUCUUUGUGGACUACCCACAGCAGCGGCCAUCAAUGGUCAUGCUCCUGCCGCCGGCUGCGUCCUGGCCACCGCCUGCGAGUACCGGGUAAUGCUCCCCAAUCGCUUUAUUGGAAUCCAUGCCACCCGCUUCAGUUUUGUCAUCUCCAAGUGGAUGAUGAACUCGUACCAAAGCGUCCUGCCCCGCAGGAUUGUGGAGCGGGCUUUGAACCAAGGUAAGCUCUUCGCCACCCAGGAGGCCCUGGAGGUGGGCCUUGUCGACGAGGUCUCGAGCAGCAAGGAGGAGGCCCUGUCCAAAUGCGCUGCCUUCAUAGCCACCUUCGAUAAGGCCAAUCCCGUGGCCAGGUGUCUCACCAAGCGAAUGUGCCGCGAGGCAGAUGUGCAGGACCUGCUCAAGGAUCGGGCCGGGGAUCUGAAGGAGUGCGUCGACUAUGUGACCACUCCACUUUUCCAGGAGGGCCUGUGCGCCCAUCUCGAAGGUCUUAAAAAGAAGAAAUAGCGGGCUUUGAAAGCUACCAAGGUGAUCAUCACGAAUUGCAUUUAUUUUAUAUGGGCUUUUAUGUGUAUUAAAAUUGUUAAUCCGAA